CACGAGUCACGACUCAGAGACGAUAAAUCGCAGACCUCAAAUCAGUCUUAGGCUUUUAGCUCCAACACUGCAAACGCAAUCAGCUAACGUGCGCACUCUCCCCUGAAUCAUGUCUAUUCCUCUGCAAUUCUCCCGUUUACCAAUCCGUACCGACAUCUCCUUGCCGGAGUCUAGAGUCUUCCAUCUCCGGAAGCCUCUCUCAGUCCGAUGCUCCGCCGGAGAAACAGCUUCCUCCUCCUCGCCGGCCGUAGAUUCGGAGUUUGAUCCUAAGACGUUCCGGAAGAACUUGACCAGAAGUGCGAAUUACAAUCGCAAGGGCUUUGGUCACAAAGAAGCUACUCUUGAGCUCAUGAAUCGCGAGUAUACUAGUGAUAUUAUAAAGAAGUUGAAAGAGAAUGGCUACGAAUAUACAUGGGGAAAUGUUACCAUAAAACUUGCAGAAGCCUAUGGCUUCUGCUGGGGGGUUGAGCGAGCAGUCCAGAUUGCGUAUGAAGCGAGAAAACAAUUUCCAACUGAGAGGAUUUGGAUCACAAAUGAAAUUAUACACAACCCUACAGUGAAUAAGCGGCUUGAGGAAAUGGAAGUCAAGAAUAUCCCCAUUGACCAAGGAGAGAAAAAUUUUAAUGUUGUUGACAAGGGUGAUGUUGUGGUUUUGCCUGCGUUUGGGGCUGCUGUCGAUGAGAUGUUAACUUUGAGUGAAAAGAAUGUACAAAUAGUUGAUACAACCUGCCCAUGGGUUUCUAAGGUUUGGAAUGUAGUUGAGAAACACAAGAAAGGUGAACACACCUCCGUGAUCCAUGGUAAAUAUUCUCAUGAAGAAACCGUAGCCACUGCAUCUUUUGCAGGAAAAUACAUCAUUGUGAAGAACAUUGCGGAGGCAACAUAUGUUUGUGAUUAUAUUCUUGGAGGUCAACUAGAUGGUUCUAGCUCAACCAAAGAAGCAUUUCUGGAGAAAUUUAAGCGGGCAGUUUCUGAAGGUUUUGAUCCAGAUGCCGAUCUCUGUAAAGUUGGUAUUGCUAACCAGACAACAAUGUUGAAGGGAGAAACUGAAGAGAUUGGAAAGUUAAUUGAGAAGACCAUGAUGCGCAAGUAUGGAGUGGAAAACGUCAAUAACCACUUUAUGAGUUUCAACACUAUUUGUGAUGCUACUCAAGAGCGACAAGAUGCCAUGUAUAAGCUAGUUGAGGACAAGCUGGAUCUUAUUUUGGUAAUUGGUGGCUGGAACUCAAGCAACACUUCACACCUACAGGAGAUUGCAGAGGAACGUGGAAUUCCAUCAUACUGGAUUGAUAGUGAGCAGAGAAUCGGUCCUGGAAACAAAAUAAGCUACAAGUUAUUGCAUGGUGAGUUGGUUGAGAAAGAGAACUUUCUGCCUGAAGGACCUCUCACAAUAGGGGUAACAUCUGGCGCCUCCACUCCUGAUAAGGUAGUUGAAGAUGCCCUUAUCAAGGUGUUUGAUAUAAAGCGUGAAGAAGCCGUGCAAUUGGCAUAGACUAAGUCACAGUCUCGGACAUUUUCAGUCCUGAUUUGGCCAACCUAAGAACUUAGGAGGAUAUGUAAUUUCUGUCCACCAAGAAUUUAAACGUGUGACUUGUUUGCGUGUCUCUAUUAUAUAGGUGAUGUAUGCAUAUUUAGAAUAGAUCUUUGUACUGAAUUAUCCUGAUAGGAUCAUCAGUAAUGCAAAAAGUGUGUUAAAAUCC